AUGCAGUUCCCUCAUCCAAGUCCUCCCCAGACUUCAGAAUUGGCCUAUGUUCCUCCCCACUGUCCGACUCUGCGGCCAGCUCUGCAGUGGUACCUAUUUACCUACUUGCAUUUGCAUGCUUUUGAACUGCAACUUGGGCAGGAACUGGAUCAAAAAGAAUUUACGGAAUUUCUGAAGAGUGCAGGACCCCGCCUUGUUGUGGUGAACUUUACAGCAAAAUGGUGUGGGCCUUGCAAAAUUGUUCGUCCUUUUCUUUACGAAUUGGCUGUUCGAUAUGAAAAUGUCCUUUUCUGUAUCGUUGAUGUGGACUUGGCAGAGGAUGUAGCUGUCCUCUGCAGUAUUGUUGUUGUGCCAACAUUUCAGUUCUUCAUGAAAGGAGAUAAGAUCUUCGAAGUAACUGGGACUAAUACAAAAAAGCUUGAAGAGAAGAUUGAAGAAUUUAUGUAA